AUGAAUCCAAACGUAAGAGACGCGGAAUAUGCUGUACUUGGUGAAUUACCUGCUAGAGCAGAGAUGAUAGAGAAGACAAUUCAAGCCGGUCAAAACAAAUUCAAGUUUGAUAAUGUUGUCUACUGCAACAUUGGCAACCCUCACAUCUUUAAUCAGAAACCCAUCACAUUCUUUCGACAGGUUUCAUCCCUGUGCGAGAAUCCAGACCUGUUAAAGAUCGAGAACAGACAACUAGUGUCAAAGCUAUAUCCUAGCGAUGCCAUCGCUCGAGCAGAGAUCUUACUCAAGAAUAUCGGCUUUUUAGGCGCCUAUUCGGACUCAAAGGGUGUUCCACAUAUUCGACAGAAUAUUGCCAAAUUUAUCGAAAAUAGAGACGGCUAUCCUGCGGAUCCAGACACGAUCUUUUUGACACAAGGUGCAUCAGAGGGCAUCCACAGGGUACUUCAGCUACUGCAUCAACCUAAUCAUCACCAAAAGACAGGUGUCAUGAUUCCUAUCCCACAAUACCCCAUUUAUACAGCCUGUCUUCAACUCAUGGGCGCCGAGCCUGUGCCAUAUUACCUAAACGAACAAAAAAAUUUCGCGGUUGAUCUCUCACGCUUGGAAAAGUCUCUACGCAUGGCCCGUGAGCAGAACGUGAAUGUCCGCGCAUUGGCCGUGAUCAAUCCAGGCAACCCAACGGGACAGUGCUUGCCAAAAGAAAAUAUCCGUGAAGUGAUUCAGUUUUGCCAUGAGAACGGACUGAUUGCCAUGGCAGAUGAAGUGUACCAAGCCAACGUGUUUCAUCCUCAGGACCAUCCAUUCCACAGCUUCAAGAAGGUGCUCAGAUCGAUGGGACCCAAGUAUGAUAAUCAGGAACUCUUUUCGUUUCACUCGACAUCCAAGGGUAUGGUAGGUGAAUGUGGUAGACGUGGAGGAUACGUCGAAUGUGUGAAUAUAGAUCCAGCUGUGUUACAAGAACUCUAUAAAAUAUUCUGUAUGUUUUCAUGUGCUAAUGUGCAAGGACAAAUCAUGGUUGACCUGAUGACAAACCCACCUACAGAAGGUGAUGCCUCUUACCCGCAGUUCAAGGCCGAGAUCGAUGCAAUACACACAUCAUAUCACAGAAGAGCCAAACGUCUGACUGAUUGCUUUAACCGUUUGGAAGGUGUAGUCUGUGAAGAAGCAAAGGGCGCCAUGUAUCUCUUUCCUCGAAUCACGCUUCCCUCCAAGGCGAUCAGGGAGGCAAAGCGAGCUGGAAUGUCACCUGAUAGCUUUUAUGCAAUGGCCCUAUUGGAAGCAACGGGAGUCUGCGUAGUGCCCGGAUCAGGCUUUGGUCAGGAACCAGGAACAUUGCAUAUUCGAUGUUCAUUCUUACCAGAAGAAUCUCUCUUUGAUACUUUUUGCAAGAACAUUGAACGGUUCCAUAAAGAGUUUAUGACAAAAUAUAAGGACUGA